UCAACUCAAUGGCUGGGUCAAGGUGACGUCUGACGAGUAAAUCCAAAUCCCAAUUAAUCACAGUGGUGUGGACAGACAGGGCCCAUUCCCAUUCCUGAUUCCUCUCAAUCCAAAGAAAAAGUUCAGAAAACAUGAAGCUGCCUCUUAAUUUCCUUCUCUCCCUAUUUAAUCCCUGUGGUGAUUUCGCCAUGGCCACCAAAUCAAUAGCCAUAGCAGACACAGAGACACAGAGACACAGAGAGUUCGUCAGUACCUGCUCGUCCCCCAAUUUGAUUAUUCAAUUUAACCCUCUCUGCUCUGCUGCAGCCUCAAGAAUUCCGGAGUUUCACAUUACCUUUCAAGCGACCCCAGCUGCUUACUUGUUUCUUCUUCUUCUUUCAGUAUUCACCACAACUUCGAAAGACGAUUGAAUCAAUAUUGUUGAUGCCGAGGAAAGGAAUGCGCACCGUCUUCUUCUCUUCCUCCAAGGAUUCAUCCCCAUCCCCUUCUCUCUCAAGCCGCCCUUCCACUCCCCUCCACUCCUUAUCCGAAACCAUGAUCGCCGAGAACCUCCAAGUUGCAGAGUCUGUCAUCACUAAAUGGGAUCCUAACUCUUCCACCUGUGCCAAAGUCACCUCUCUCUUCUACGAGAGCCGAACCGAAGCCAUGGAGUUCCUCAAAUCUGUCAAGGAUUUGCAGAGAUCCAUGUAUUGCCUCCUCUCCCACCACUCCUCUUCUCAUCUGCUCGUCCGCGCCCAGACCCUCAUGCAGAUUGCCAUAAAAAGGCUUGAGAAGGAAUUCUUUCAGAUUCUCUCCGCCAAUCGCGACCAUCUCGACCCUGAAUCCAUUUCUGGUCGUUCCUCCCUCUCCACUGCUUCCAGCACUUCUGAUCACGACGACGGCUCCGAAGACGAUCUCCAACUCACCACCGACUCUAUCUCAGAGGUCGAGCAAGCCUCCACUGUCGCCAUGUCCGACCUUAGGUCUAUUGCCGAGUGUAUGAUCUCUUCUGGUUACGGUAGCGAGUGCGUCAGGAUCUACAAGGUCGUCAGAAAAUCGAUCGUCGACGAAGGCCUUUACCGUCUCGGUAUCGAGCAGCUCAGCUCCUCUCAAAUCCAUAAAAUGGACUGGGAGGUUCUCGAGCUCAAGAUAAAAAAUUGGCUCAACGCUAUCAGGGUCGCAGUGAAGACUCUCUUCUCUGGCGAGAGAAUUCUUUGCGAUUACGUCUUCUCCACCUCCCAGUCAAUCAGAGAAUCUUGUUUCUCGGAAAUUUGCAGAGAAGGGGCCAUCCAUCUCUUCGGGUUCGCCGAGUCCGUCGCAAAAAGCAAGAGAUCCUCUGAAAAGAUGUUCCGGUUUCUCGACCUCUACGACGCUAUCUCUAAUCUCUGGCCCGAGAUCGAAACAAUAUUUUUCUUCGAGUCGACCGCCGCAGUAAGAUCACAAGCCCUCUCCUCACUCAUCAGACUCGGUGACGCGGUGAGAGCGAUGCUAUCGGACUUCGAAUCGGCAAUUCAGAAGGAUCCAGCGAGAUCCUCUGUUCCUGGUGGUGGACUGCACCCUCUUACUCGAUACGUGAUGAACUACUUGAGCUUAUUGGCCGAUUACAGUGGAAGUCUUUCCGAUAUCAUUGCCAAUGGACCUGCGCCGGUACAAUCUCCACUUCCAGAGUCUUACUACUCGAGCCCAAGCUGGGUGGAUAACCAGUCAUCGGCGAUUUCCGUCCGAUUGGUAUGGAUCAUACUGGUCGUCCUUUGCAAACUCGAUGGUAAGGCCGAGUUGUACAAGGAUGUCUCUCUAUCAUAUCUCUUCCUGGCUAACAAUCUCCAAUACGUCGUGUCAAAGGUACGCACGUCGAAUCUUCGGUACCUCCUGGGGGAGGACUGGAUAAGCAAUCACGAGGCAAUGGUAAAACAAUACGCCGCAAGUUACGAACGAAUGGGGUGGAACAACGUGUUCUCAGCGUUGCCUGAAAAUCCGGGCGCAGUGGCGUCGAAGGAGGAGGCGAAGGAGCAUUUCAAGAGGUUUAGUUCAGCUUUCGAAGAAGCUUACCGGAAGCAGUCGUCGUGGGUUGUAACGGACGGGAGACUAAGGGACGAGAUAAAGUUGUCCAUCGCCAAGAAACUGGUACCGGCGUAUCGGGAGCUUUACGACAGAUAUCGGAUAGCGCUGAGCGAUGAAAAGAAUGUACACGGUGUGGUCAGAUUUGCCCCAGAUGAUUUGGGGAAUUACCUAUCGGAUCUGUUUUACGGGACGGGAGCAUCAGGAAGUACUUCGUCGUCGUCCUCCUCUCGUUCCCGUGGGUGGCGUUCUCAAUGAGACGGGGCGAUUUUUUUUUCCGGUUCUAAACCGACCGUCA